CACACACACACACACUUCUAAUGAGCACUCCGGGGCUUAUACACAAUACUGUGAGUUGUUUAAAGAGAAGAGCGAUCAGACGGAAUAAGCUUUGAUCAAGAGUAGUGCUUCGAGGACUGUUGUCUCAACAUUUAUAAAUCCAUAAACAUCCUUCUGUGAGCCAUGCACCUGCUCUGUCAUCUGUUGUUCUUGACAAUGGCCUUUCACCUUGGUGUUGUCAUGGGUGGAAGAGCUCAGCGUAAACAAAGGCAGGCUGAAGAAAAGUUGAGGCCGUAUUUGGGCAGAGUGGAUCCGGAAUCACUGUGCCAGUUGUUGAAAUGUCACAGUCCUAUUGGUUCCUGGUGCCAAGUAGUAAAGGAGGGGGGAGUUCUCGCCCCUAAAUGUGUGUGUCCAAAGACCUGCCCACGGCAGGGGGCACCAGUGUGCAGCGUUUUAGGGAAGACGUACAGCAGCGAGUGUCUGCUUCACAAGGAGGCCUGCCGCAAAAAACGGCGCAUUGGCAAGGCACAUAGUGGAGUUUGUCUGGUGAGCAGGGCAGAGUGUUCUCAAGAAGAGUUCGGUCAGUUCCCGUACCGUCUGCUGGACUGGUUCUUACUCCUCAGCAGAAUGGGCGAGAGAUACACACCAGCGGCACCCUCGCAAAGCUGCCUCACACACACAGAGCGAACCCAGCUCGCACAGAGGAGGUUUGUUCUGUUGGAUCGUAACAGGGAUGGGAAGUUAAGCAGGAGAGAUCUGAGAAAGCUUCACUAUAAGCGGAUGCCACUGGAGCACUGCGCUCAAAGAUUCUUCCAGUCAUGUGACAAGAACAAGAAUAAGAAGGUGACCCUGAGGGAGUGGACAUCCUGUCUGGUUAACCGGUCAGAACGCUGGUUUCAGGAUUUCAUGUCCGUGAAGAUGGGGUCACCAAAGCUGUGUCCUGUCCCAGACAACAACCUUUAAAUUUAGAUGUUUUAUCUGUGUGGAAUUGUAUUUUAAAGUACUGAUGGAACAGAAUCCUGAUCUGGUCCAUUAUUGAUUAUCAAAAUCUGUAACUGUUUAUAUAUAUAUAUAUAUAUAUAUAUAAAUUAUUAUAAAUCCUUAAAGGUGCCCUAGAAUUAAAAAUUGAAUUUAUCUUGGCAUAGUUAAAUAACAAGUGUUCAGUACAUGGAAAUGAC